AUGGCGUCAGCAAAGCCCUUCGCCACCGCCGCAGGGAUGCUCCGGAGUCGCCUGAGACCAACCCUCCGCACACGGAGCGGCGGAGGAGAUGGACCGAGCCCUUGGACCAGCCCGGGCCACCAGGAGCGGCCCAACGGCUACCUCUUCAACCGGAUUCCUCCACCUCCGGGCCAGACCAGGAAGUGGGAGGACUGGGAACUUCCCUGCUACAUCACCAGCUUCCUCACCAUCGUCAUCCUCGGGGUUGGCCUCAGCGCCAAGCCCGAUCUCACCAUCGAGACUUGGGCCCACCAGAAAGCCCUAGAGCGCCUCGAGGCCCAGAAAUUGACGGUGUCUGAUGAAUCCGAGUGAUUGUUUUCAUCAUCGGUAUUGCCAAUCUAACUCUGCCCUAAUUUUGACUGUUCGCUCUGUUGUGGGUCAAAUUAGGGUUUGAGAAUGUGUUGAUAUGGGUUAUUUAGUGGUAUAGUUGAAAUCUGUUGAAUUGGCUUUUUUUUUUUUAAAGCUUAACUGCUGAAAUUUUAGUAAGUUUUAUUGUUGUGAUAAUAAUGAUCAAGAUAAGUUAAUGUUUUGGUGGACUC